ACUCAGUUUCUCUUUAAAUCUCCCCGCCCUGAAGCUCUCACCUCUCACGGUCUUACCCUUUGACAAAUGCUGUGUGCGUCGAACCCAAAACCAGAAAUCUUAAACUGAUACUCCCAAAAUCUCUGAUGAUGGCUAACGCUAUCAAAGUCUUUGAGCUCAAUACCGGAGCUAAGAUUCCGUCGGUGGGACUUGGAACAUGGCAGGCCUCUCCUGGCGUCGUCGGUGAUGCCAUCUCCACCGCUGUUAAGAUUGGUUAUCGUCAUAUUGAUUGUGCUCAGAUGUACGACAACGAGAAAGAGAUUGGUGCAGCUUUGAAAAAAUUGUUUGAAGACGAAGUAGUGAAACGCGAGGAAUUGUUCAUCACCUCCAAACUCUGGUGUACUGAUCAUGAGCCUCAAGACGUGCCAGAGGCACUGAACAGAACUCUACAGAAUCUGCAGCUUGAUUACGGCCCCUACGUCGAUCUCUAUUUGAUGCACUGGCCUGUACGGAUGAAGAAGGGUUCUGUUGGACUCAAUCCCGAGAACCUUUUGCCUGUAGACAUUCCUAGCACAUGGAAAGCAAUGGAAGCACUCUAUGAUUCAGGCAAAGCACGAGCAAUAGGUGUUAGCAAUUUCUCCACCAAGAAGCUAUCUACUCUCUUGGAGUUAUCUCGUGUUCCUCCUGCUGUUAAUCAGGUUGAAUGUCAUCCUUCUUGGAGACAAGCUAAGCUACGAGAGUUCUGUAAAACCAAAGGAGUUCACCUCAGUGGAUACUUCCCAUUGGGUUCUCCAGGAACAACGUGGUUCAAGAGCGACGUUUUGAAGAACCCUAUACUAAAUACUGUUGCUGAGAAGCUUGGAAAGUCUCCUGCUCAAGUUGCCCUUCGCUGGGGACUACAAAUGGGUAACAGUGUACUUCCCAAAAGCACCAAUGAAGGAAGGAUCAGAGAGAACUUAGAUGUUUUCGACUGGUCAAUACCCGAUGACUUGUUUGCCAAGUUUUCUGAUAUUGAACAGGCUAGAUUAUUGGAUGUUUCCUUCUUUGUUCACGAGACAUUGGGCUCUUAUAGGUCUCUUGAAGAAUUAUGGGACGGCGAGAUGUGAUACUUUAAAUAGUCUAUUUGUUUGUCAAUAAUGACAUGUCUCUCUAUGUUGAACUUUUAGGUUUGGUCAUAAAUGUUACAGAAAAUACAUGUCACCGCAUAAUUUACAAUCUUAUUUAUUCUUACUUUGAAUUAUAAAUUAAAAGGAUUAUAUAUA